CAGGCCCACGGGAUCUCUACCCCCUCUUUCUUUCUCGUAUUUUCUCUCUCAAUCACCCUCUGUGCCUUCGAAUUGUUCCAAAAUUUUAACCUAGAUUUUUUUAUCAGAAAACCCAACAAAUAAAUAAAUAAAUAAAUAGUAGCAUAAUGAAAUAAAAUAUAGAAGCUUUGAGCCUCCAUUAUCGUUAUCUUCCUUUACAAUUUUUAUUUAUUUAUUUAUUUUUUUGGGCAUAUACAUCAGAAAAUCUCAAGGGUUCGAUUCUACGCCGUAAAGUUCAUUUAUACGACGUCGCUUCCUGCUUUCCCGAUUUCAAUUCCAAGGGUGCUUAUAUAGAUAUUUUUAAGGAUGAUCGCUUCCGGAAUUUGUUCGCAUUGAUGUGAGAAUUUUUGCGUAAAGAGUUCUGGAAAUGGCUACUGGGAGCAAGAUAGGGACGUUGCCAACCAUUGAUGAUGGUAUGCAAGGACCCAAUGGGAGUUUAGAAGACAGCUUGCAGUCUGAGCUUGAAUUGAUUCUGACAGAGCAGCGAAAGCAGAACAUUAUUAAUAGAGAGAGGGAUCUGAAUAUUUACAGGAGUGGCAGUGCUCCACCAACAGUAGAAGGAUCUCUAAGUGCUGUGGAUAGUCUUUUUGGGAACACCACCUUUAGAGAGAUCAAUGGUAGGAUUAACAAUAAUGGUGGAGUUUUGUCCGAAGAUGAGAUACGCUCGCACCCUGCUUAUCUUUCGUAUUAUUAUUCACAUGAUAACAUUAACCCAAGAUUGCCUCCACCAUUGUUGUCAAGAGAGGAUUGGCGUGUUGCACAAAGAUUUCAGCUUGAUGGGUCUUCAUAUGGAGGCAUUGGGGACUGGAGGAAGAAGAAGUUGGUUGAUGAUGGUGAGAGUUCAUCACUUUUUUCAAUGCAGCCGGGAUUUUCUGUGCAAAAGGCGGAGAGUGAUUUGAUGGAAUUGAGGAAUUCUGCUGGAAGGAACCUUUCUAGGCAGACUUCAUCUGAGUGGCUUGAUGGAGGCUCAGAUAGUUUGACUGGAUUGUCUACCGGUGGGCUUGGGGGGAGGAGGAAGAGUUUUGCUGACAUACUACAGAAAGGACUUGAUCGACCUGCUGCCUUGUCAGGCUUUCUGUCACGCCCAUCAAGUCGUAAUGCUUUUGGUGACCUUGCCGAUACAAUGGGUGUAGCUGAAACCCAUCCAUCAGCGCUAUAUAAUGGAUUGGAGCCUAUAGAGGGCUUGCAUGAUGGAGUUGCUACCCGCAAUGUGGCUGGAGUUCAGAGUCAUGGUACCACAGUUCCUUAUUCUUUUGCUUCUGCUGUGGGUUCCACUCUGUCAAGGAGCACAACUCCUGAACCCAAGCUGGUUGGAAGAUCUCCUAGUUCUAGUCUUCCUCCAGUGGGAAGCAGAGUUUUCCCUAGUGAGAAAAAUAAUGUUCUUGGUUCAACUAUGCAAAAUGGUCAUUAUUCUGGCAUGAGUGAGCUUGGUGAUAUUGCAGCUAAUAUGUCUGGCUUAAACAUAUCAAGAAUUACGCAUGGAGAUGUUGAUAGUCAUGUCCAGUCUCAGCUUCAUUUGGGUCUUGAUAAUAAGCCUGAUUUUCUAUUUAACAAUGAUCAGAACCAAAAUCGUCAUCAGGAACUCAUGGACAAGGCCAAUGCUGAUAAUCUUUCCCUUGCGGCCAAUUAUGCUGAUUUAGCGAGGAAAAAUGGGAUUGUGGCAAACCUUAAUGCUUCUAAGUUUAAUGCCAAUGGGCAAGUGAAUUUUCCUAAAAGGACUUCUUCUUCUGCCAAUCUUUACUCAAAAGUGAGUUCUUCAGGAUUAGGAAGUCUUGAAGGAGCUAAUGUACCUGAUCAUCAUGCAAAUACUUCAGGCAUGGGAUUUAGGCCUGGUGCUUAUCCUCUUAAUCAGAAGCCAAAUCAAGCUAUUAACAAUCAUCUUGAUACUGUGGGAACCGAUUUCCAUUCUCCACUUGUUGAUCCACGUUAUGUUCAAUUUCUCCAAAGAACUCCUGAUUAUGCAGCACUAGCUAGUCCAAGUGAUCCAGCUCUAGUUAAAAGUCAUUUUGGCACCUCACAGGGUGACUUGGAUGGGCUUCAGAAAGCAUGCCUUGAGGCAUUGCUUGCUCAGCAGAAGGAACAGUUUGAGCUGUCACUUUUAGGUAAAUCUGUUGGUUUUAAUCAUGAGUAUUACGGUAACCUAUCGCAUAGGCUGGGCACAGCAUAUCCAGGGAACCUUAUGGCAAAUUCAGUCCAUUCUGUUGGAUCUGGAAACCCAAUGCUCCACAAUGAGAGAAUUUCGCAUUUUAAUUCUAUGAUGAGAAGUUCUAUUAAAGGAUCCAUUGGCUCUUGGCACUCAGAUAUUGGUAAUAACUUAGAAGGAAGAUUUCUGUCAUCGUUGUUAGAUGAUUUCAAGAUCAAUAAGACAAAGUCUUUUGAACUGUCUGAUAUUGUUGGUCACGUAGUUGAGUUCAGUACGGAUCAGUAUGGAAGUCGCUUUAUUCAGCAGAAAUUAGAAACUGCCACAGUUGAAGAAAAGAGCAAGAUAUUCCCUGAGAUCAUUCCACAUGCUCGUACCUUGAUGACUGAUGUCUUUGGGAAUUAUGUCAUACAGAAAUUUUUUGAGCAUGGUACAGAAACCCAAAGAAAGGAAUUAGCCAGCCAGCUUACUGGACAUGUUUUGCCGUUGAGCCUUCAAAUGUAUGGUUGCAGAGUGAUUCAGAAGGCCUUGGAGGUGAUUGAUGUGGAUCAGCAGACCCAAAUGGUGGCAGAGCUUGAUGGUUCUGUCAUGAAAUGUGUCCGUGAUCAAAAUGGUAAUCAUGUUAUUCAAAAGUGUAUUGAGUGUGUCCCUGAAGAUAGAAUUCAAUUUAUUAUCUCAGCCUUUUAUGGUCAAGUUGUUGCCCUUUCCACUCAUCCAUAUGGCUGCCGUGUCAUUCAGAGGGUCCUGGAACAUUGUGAGGAUUCAAAUACACAACAACUUAUCAUGGAUGAGAUCAUGAAAUCUGUUUGUACUCUGGCACAAGAUCAAUAUGGAAAUUAUGUUAUUCAGCAUGUCCUUGAACACGGUAAACCACAUGAACGAUCUACGAUCAUAAGCAAGCUUGCAGGACAAAUUAUAAAGAUGAGUCAGCAGAAGUUUGCUUCUAAUGUUGUGGAGAAGUGCUUAACUUUUGGCAGUCAUGAGGAGCGUCAACUUUUGGUAAAUGAGAUGCUUGGGACCACUGAUGAAAAUGAGCCUUUACAGGCAAUGAUGAAGGAUCCAUUUGGCAACUACGUUGUCCAGAAAGUUUUGGAAACCUGCAAUGAUCAGAGUCUUGAGUUGAUUCUUUCUCGCAUCAAGGUUCAUUUGACUGCCCUAAAGAGGUACACUUACGGUAAACAUAUUGUUUCUCGUGUUGAGAAGCUAAUCGCAACUGGAGAAAGACGCAUAAGUUUGUCAUCUAAUCUUUCUUCCUGAGGCAUCCCAAUUUGGAAAAAGCAAGGCUUUUUAAAUCUUGCCACCACCAAAUAGUAUGCAGCUUUUGUACAGCUAACACAGAUGGAUCACUUUAGCAAGUUUGUUGGAGUAUGUUAUGCAGAGAGAUAUGGUAGUUGUAAAUAAACACGAAUUUAUGGAUCCCGCUUAAAUAAGAUAAUUUUUUUCUCUAUUAUCUUAUUGUAUAUUUUGGUUCGGUUGUAAUCUGACUGCAAAGACUCCAUAGAGAAGCUUUUUAGGCUAUUAAAGAGUAUAUACAUAUAUAUAUAUAUAGAAGGUGAAUUAUCAUUGUCUGGCCUUUAUGUGAGUACGUGUACAAAGUUCUUCCUCUGUAGAGGAAAGCAAGUGUAAAUGGUCUAUUGCAUUGUUAAAAAGAGGGUAGAGUCGCAUUUAAUGGAGUCUUCUACUUUGAAAAGUAUAUGUAUAUGUAAAUAUACCGCAAUUUUCUCCAUGAGAAACAUAAUUUUCUUUUCCGGACUUAAUGAUUGAUUCUACGGUUCAUGUGUU